GCUGUCAGUUGGCUGCAAAGUGCUGCAAGUGUGAGCAGUACUAUGCUGUGCUGCUGUUGGCCACCACACACCUCUGGCAUUUGAGAAGGUAAAUGAAAGAUAAAUUGAAGAAGGAAGUGCAGUACUAUUUAAUGAUCCGUUUUGAUGAACCAGUCUCCAGAGUGCUGCUACAUGUUCGAGUGCACCAGAUAAAUAAAACAAAAUAAACUCAAGGAAUCAAGUGUAGCUAAAAAAUGAUGUCUCAAGGUGUUGGCAUAAAUGUGAUGGAUCGUCUACGUGUAAAUUCACCUGACCGAAGAAAUGCUUGGAAGGAGGAGAAGGAACGCAAAUUGGCCAAGCUCAAACAGCUACGAGCAGAGAGAGAGAAGAGGAGACAAGAGCAGCUAGCUAAAGAGGCCCAGGAAGCAGCAGCACGAGCCAGCAAUGCACCACGUAAUGACCAGGACUUGGACAAGAUGCUCUCCGACCUUGGAGUGGCGCCCUUGUCAGAGGUGUUGUCAAGUAUGUCAAGCAUGUCCUCAGAGCCUGGAGCAGACCAAACAGGUUCUCCGGACAAGAGUCUGGAGGCUAAUGCUACAGCUUCACCGCGCACACCAAGCAAGAAACCGCCCCAGCUGUCAGUAGUGAGCGUACAGGCGACCAACAUUCCACCCCGUGAAACCGUGACAUACACCAAGGGAGUUCAGACAUCUGCUUCUGGUGACGGCCACGGUUACUAUGAGGACUGGUGGAGGCCCCGCAAAGCCCAUGCCUUCGACUAUUACGGAGAUGGAAUCUUAGCUCAGAUUCGAUCUAAAUACCACAGUAUGCACGAAUAUAAUCUAAACCCAGCGCUAGAAUGGGAUGAUGAAUUCACAGUUCUCACCUAUGAUGACCCGCAAGCCGAAGAGGAGGACAACUCCCUCACCAUGCUGGAUACUCCCCCUAUAUACGGAGGAGGUCACAACCGUCACCUUCCCCCGGGGAUACUGCCCACCGGCAUGCCGACCGUGCAGGACGUGAAGCCGGCAUUGGCUACAGAAGCAGAGAAGAUGGAAGAGGAAAAGCCACAACCACCUCGUGAGUUGUCGGACGAAGAGAAACAGAUGUUGAUGAUGACAGAAGAAUUCCACAGCUUUUUUGAUCGCUCGACACGUGUCAUGGAGCGAGCACUAGCUGAAGAUGCCAACAUUUUUGUGGAUUAUUCACACGACUAUGAGGAGGACGGUGAAGCAAAUGAGAACGGAGGAGUGAAAUUAUCCUUGAAUCGUUGGUUCUUUGAUGAAAGGUGGUCACGUAAUCGUUGCAUCACUUGCAUGGAUUGGUCACCCCAGUAUCCAGAACUCUUAGUAGCCAGCUACAAUAACAAUGAGGACUCUCCACAUGACCCUGAUGGUGUUGCACUGGUCUGGAAUACUAAGUUUAAAAAGGACACUCCAGAAUAUAUCUUCCAUUGCCAGUCUCCUGUCAUGUCUGCCACUUUUGCCAGAUUUCACCCAAACCUCAUCAUUGGAGGAACAUAUUCAGGACAGAUUGUUCUGUGGGAUAACAGGAGCCAGAAGAGAACACCAGUACAGAGGAGUCCCCUCUCAGCCUCAGCUCACACACAUCCAGUUUACUGCAUGAAAGUUGUUGGGACACAGAACGCCCACAACUUAAUAAGUGUCAGCACCGAUGGCAAGAUGUGUUCAUGGUCCCUUGACAUGCUGUCUCAGCCACAGGAGUCCAUGGAGCUACAACACAAACAGUCACGUGCAGUAGCUGUAACGUGCAUGGCCUUCCCCCAUGGUGAUGUCAACAACUUCAUUGUAGGCUCUGAGGAAGGGGCUGUUUUCACUGCCUGUCGCCAUGGGAGCAAAGCAGGUAUUGUUGAUGCAUAUGAGGGGCACCAAGGUCCUGUGACAGGAAUAAGCACCCACUCCACUCCAGGACCUAUUGAUUUCUCCCAUCUCUUCCUCACUUCUUCCAUUGACUGGACUGUCAAAUUGUGGUCUGUUAAGCAUUGGUCGAUGAAGGAAACAAAGCCUCUGUAUUCAUUUGAGGACAAUGGGGAUUAUGUAUAUGAAGUGGCUUGGUCACCCAUCCAUCCAGCUCUCUUCACAACUGUGGAUGGCUCAGGUCGAAUUGAUCUCUGGAAUUUAAAUCAAGAUACAGAGGUACCAACUGCUAGCACAGUUGUUGAGGGCAGCCCAGCCCUGAACAGAGUGUCUUGGACAAAUUCUGGCCAACAAAUUACUGUUGGAGAUGACAUGGGUAAAAUAUGGAUCUAUGAUGUUGGAGAGCAACUGGCCUUACCACGCGCAGAUGACUGGGCUCGUCUGGUUCAUACGAUGGGAGACCUGAAGAACAACCAGGCUGAUGAUGACCAAUCUACACGACACUACGACUCGUCGUUUUCAUCACUUACGUCGCUCUCGUCGUCUCCUCUCAGAUAAAUAGUGAAUGUCUAUUAGGAACUAUAUUCAAUAAUAUAAACCAUUACGACAAAUUAGUUUUUGAAAGGAUGUCUGUCCUUGAACUCCAGAGUAAUGCAGGUGGCUUUUGAAAUAUCUAUGUUUCACUAAAAUCAAGUAAAGCUUCAAACUGUAUGAGGGUAAAUGUUAUAACUACUGUAUUAAAAAAGAUCGAUUUUGUUGCAAACUAUAAAAUGAUAACAUGAUCAUUGGGAGUUUAGUUUGUGUUUUUACAUAAAGAUUUACUUUACGUGUGAGCCUCAUCAAUUGUAAGGUAACCAAAUGAGCUCAUCAUCGCUGAACUCCUUUCUUGUUAGAGGAUUAUUUAUUUGCCAAAGUGAUUUAUUAUUGUUGUAUGUAUAAAUUAAAAUUACAGGUG